AUGAAGCUUGCUGUGGCAUUCCAUCGCGCCAACAAAAGCCCUCAUAGAACACACUUCGUGUCUAGGGAGAGAUCCUACCAUGGAAACACCAUCGGAGCCAUGUGUCUAAGCGACAAUCCCGGCAGGACGGGGCCUCAUGAGAAAGUCUUCGACAGACUCGACGUGAGUUUCGUCAAGCCCGCGUACGCCUAUCGCCACCAAAGAAGCAACGAGACCGAGGCUCAGUAUACUGCCAGGCUGGAUUGGCGGCAGAAUGUCGCGGCUUUCGUGGCGGAGACUGUCGGAGACUCAACUGCCGGGUGCAUCAUAGCUCCUAAAGGCUAUCUCGAGGGCGUACGCCGUGUCUGUGACGAAUACGGAGUGCUCCUCAUUCUCGACGAGAUUAUGUGUGAAAGCGGCCGCACUGCAACCUAUUUUGCCUUCGAAUCUGAGGGCGCUGUCUGCCCCGAUAUUGUUGUUCUGGGGAAGGGACUCUCCGGCAGGUAUCUGCCCCUGGCAGCAACGCUCAUCAAUCACACCGUUGACGAAACGAUCGAGAAGGCUGGAGGCUUCAUCCACGGGCACGCUUACCAAGCACACCCAAUCAGCUGCGCUUCCGUUCUUGCCGUGCAGCGUGUCAUACGCAGCAACGGUUGUUUGAAUCAUUGCAAAAGGCUAGGCGACAGAAUGAAAACGAGGCUGCGCGCUUUAUUAGCAGAGUCCGAAUUUGUGGGGGAUAUUCGGGGCCGCGGCCUCUUCUGGGCGAUGGAAUUCGUCGCGGAUAAGCGGCUUAAGCUGCCAUUAGCCGAGGGGUUUGCAUUCGGAGCAAAGCUAAGACAAUUUGCACACGAAAGCGGCGUCGCUAUCUUAUCUGGAAGCGGCACAGCAGACGGCCGCGCUGGCGAUCACAUCAUGUUGGCACCGCCACUGACGAUUACGCAGUUGGGACUAGAUUGGAUGACCGAUAGUAUAAAGCAGGCAUAUUCGAAGACUGAGGAGGCGUAUAAGAAUCAGAGUGCUUCCAAGUGA